AUGUCAGAAGCAUGGCAGAUGCUACUCCAGGACACCCUUUCACGCUCUUCAUUCCUUUCGCUUCAAGGUGUUGAAGCACAAUCUCUUGAUCAACCUGUUGUGGUUGCAGGCCAUACAUGGUGUCACCUCGCAUCUGUUCGAUUCCACAUUUGGGUCCGGGGAGAGAAGCCGAUCAAUAUUGAUGUUAACAAUGAAUUGCUGGCAUGUGGUACCUUGUCUCUGAACCAAGAUAUGGAUGUGAUUGAUACCAUGAUCGAGAAGGGCAUGGUGAUGAUGUGGGACUAUAUUGCAACUGUCUACCAGGAGGUAGUUCCAGGCAAUCACAUCUCUGCCAUCCGAAACUCCGGUGUUACUUUCUGUGCAGAUUGGGAUUAUCUGUUGAUGGAUCUGAAAUGUGCAGUCCACGAAACAGCCUAUGACCGAUACCACUCAUGGUAUGAAUCAUCCCCGUGA